GGGCUUACUACACAUGCGCAUUCGGCCGUAGCCGAUGUCCGCCAAUAUGGCGUAAAAAUAUUCAAAGAAAAAUUUCCAACAAACUGCUUGAAAAUCAAAACAUUUUUUGGUCACAUUUUGUGGUUGAAUAAGCAUUGAUCUCAAUGGCUGGCUUUGAGCGAGCUGGCUUACCUGGAAUUGAGCAUUUGCGCCAGGCAUUGUCUAAUUCAUCCGAUUUGGCGGCAACAAUUGAAAGCUUCCAACAUGACAACGGUAUUCUUCUUCCCUCGCUGCAGUCUGCUUUGCCUUUUCUUGAUCUCCAUGGAGUCCGACGGCUUGACUUUCACUCGUCAGUUAUGGAGCACUUACGAGAGAGUGUGUUGGAAAAAGUGAAGGAUUUGAGUACACAAAAACUCGAGGAAAUACUAGAGCAGUCUUUCCCUUUCAUCCACGUGAAAGAACUACGACCAGUUGUAGUGGCAGUGAUGAAGCAUCUACCUAAAAUAAACGAUGAAUGCUUAGAGCAUAUUGCUAAUGAUGCAAAACUUUACGAAGACUGUCCAAUAGAGGUGAAAAGACAAAUCUGGUCAAAACACCACCAUCUAUUUGGUGAUGCAGUCGGCCCACUUCUAAAUCAGUACAUUGAGGCAAAAUACACUUUACUACACAGUACUGAAGCACACAAUUCUCAUAGCUUCUUCUCUGUGCCAUCAAAAACAAGACGUCAACAUGCCAUUGUUCAAGGCCUUGCAAAAAUGAUUGGAAAAUCAUUAUCACUUUACAAUCUGGUGUUGCAGUUUCUAAGGACAUUAUUCCUGCGUGCAAAUGAGGUCCACUAUUGCACAUUAAGAUCAGAACUGUUGAUGGCAGUGCAUGAUUUGGAGGUUAAGGACAUUAAAGAUGUCGACCCCUGUCAUAAAUUCACAUGGUGCCUUGAUGCCUGCAUUAGAGAGAAGAGUAUCGAGGGGAAACGAGUGCGUGAGCUACAAGGAUUUUUAGAGAUUGCAAAAAAUGGAGAAGAGAGAGUUCUAGGUGACAUUGCUAUGAUUCUUUGUGAUCCAUUUGCUAUCAAUACUAUCGCUAAGAGCAUAAUCAAGUUACUCCAUAGACUUGCCAACACUGACACACUUCCCAGGACAAGUGAGGACAUAACAUUCUUGUUGAGGCUGCUAAAUCUUGGGGUCAGUGCAUGGGACAUGAUUGAGAAGCAGGCUUUUAAAGAGAUUCUGGUGAAUGAUGAGCUGGCUAGUAAGUUCCUUCCUUUCAUCAUGUCCCUGAUGGUUGACAGUUCUCUGAAUACCUUGAACGGCAAAGUCCCUGAGGACGACAUAGAGGAGGGGCUAGUGUCCGAUGGUCGCCAUCUGGCCCAGCACUUCAUGCAUAUGAUGGUGUCCAAUAAGGUUGCUUUCAAACUUGCCUGGUGCUUCAUGCUUCAUCUUCUUCACCAGAAAGACAAGGCUGCAGUGUUUCAUGCACUGCCCUGGUACGUCUCCCCGUGCCAGGCACACCCACUGGAUGAGAUAGAGCUACAUAUACUGGUCACUGCGCUUGUCGGCAUGCAAGAGGAGUUCAACCAAUCAGAGUUCUGUGACCUAAUCUUUGAUAACUUCCUCCUUGGCUUGACCUCCCAGACCUUUGCUGUGAGACACACCCUUCGGCUUCUGUGGUACGUGUAUCCUAAGAUGGACUCACACAAGGUGAUCCACAUCCUGACGUCAACCCAGCCUACGAGCGAGCACCCAGACACCAUCCAUGAACUACAUGCCCUGCUUGUAGACCGCAUAGCUAACUCCAACCCGUCUACCCCGGGCUCAUCUCAAGACCAGCCGUCAUCCGUAUCAUCUCUGGGCUCCUCGUCACACAGUCCACUAGAGUACAUACAGCCAUCAAGCACUUAGAGUGUGAUGAUCAAGUACAUAGUAUGGGUCCUGCCCUCACCAGCCAUCAAUAACAUAGUAUGAGACCAGCCCUCACCAGCUAUCAAGUACAUGGUCUGCGUACAGCCUUUUAUCAGCUUUCAAGUACAUAGUAUGGGUCCAGCCCCAUUUGCCUUCAAGUACAUGGUGUGGAUCCAGCCUUUCAUUAGUCAUCAAAGACAUAGUAUACAUAGGUCGAGCCCCAUUUGGCAUAAAGUGCAUAGUUUGGGUACAGCCUUUCAUCAGCCGUCGAUAACAUAGUACGGGUCCAGCCAUCAAGUACAUAGAAAAAGUUUGUAAAAUAUCUUGGAACAUUAGAGUGGCACAAAGCUUUAAAAAACUGUGUGGUCGCUACUGACAUUUAAAGCAGGGAGAUAUUUACAAGAAAACACAAAUAAACAUAUCUGUAUAACAAAAACGUAGCAUAAUUUUGUUUUCAAGCAAGCAAGUGUGAAUAUAGCCAUAAUGUAAACGUAACUUAUUCAGCGCUUACAAGUCAAUAAUUUUCUAUGUCGCCCUGUGGCGUGACGGCCGUUUUUUGUGUCUAUUUUAAAUGCACCGUCACUAAUUGUAUCGAUAUUUAUGAUUGUAAAGGGAAAAAAAUGCCAUCCAGUCGUGGCAUGGGGGAGAUAAGCAUUAUUCGUUGUUAUUGGAUGGGAAAUAUGCAUACAUUAUUAUUUUAAAAA